UACUAACUUCCAAGAAAAAAAAAUCAACAAAAUAUCUUUCAAGUGGCACGUCAUAUGAAACUAGGAAUUGACGUGUAAUUAGUUCCUAAAAUAAUGCCAUUCAUAGCAGAUUUGGGCAUUCCCUAAAACCUCCAAGAACUAAAUCCUCACUCACCUACCAAAAAGAAAUCAGAAUUACAUUUACAUCCCUCUUAUCUGCUUUAUUUUCGCGCAUCGAAAUAGAACUGUCCAUUGAUAUUCACAAAAUGCCGCUGAAGACAAGCAACGAAUUGGAGAGGGAGGCCACUGCAGUUCCUGCAGUGGAAGCCAUUGAAGAGGAAGAACAAAGCUUAGGAAUGCAAUCCAUGGGAUUUGGGAUCAACAAAUACACUUUAUUUUGCUCUAUUUUGGCUUCCACAAACUCCAUUUUGUUAGGCUAUGAUAUCGGAGUAAUGAGUGGAGCUGUGCUUUACAUCGAAGACAAUCUCAAAAUCUCUUCUACACAAGUCGAAAUCCUCGUCGGAUCGUUAAACAUUCUCUCACUAAUCGGCUCACUCGCCUCCGGCCGAACCUCCGAUUCAAUCGGCCGCCGAUACACAACAUUCCUCGCAUCCACAACAUUUCUAAUCGGCGCUUUACUAAUGGGUCUCGCCCCAUCUUACCCUCUCCUCCUUGCCGGCCGAAUGAUCGCCGGCAUCGGCGUCGGUUACGCCCUAAUGGUCGCCCCAGUCUACACAGCAGAGCUCUCUCCGUCCACAUCCCGCGGCCUCCUCAGUUCCCUCCCGGAGAUCUUCAUCACAUUCGGUAUUCUACUCGGCUACAUCAUCAACUACGCCUUAUCCGGUCUUCCCCCACACAUCAACUGGAGAAUCAUGCUCGGACUCGCCGGAAUCCCGGCGAUAGCCGUCGGAUUAGGCGUUCUCACGAUGCCCGAAUCCCCACGUUGGCUCAUCAUGAAAGGGAAAUCAGAAGAAGCCAAAAAAGUGUUACUCAAAAUCUCAUCAAACGAAAUCGAAGCAGAAGAAAGACUGAGAUCAAUAUCCGGCGCCGCGGCGGCAGGCAGCAGCUGGCACGGGCAAGGGGUUUGGAAGGAACUACUAAUAAACCCCACAAAGCCAAUCCGGAGAAUGUUAAUAGCCGCCAUCGGAAUAAACUUCUUCAUGCAAGCAUCAGGAAACGACGCCGUAAUGUAUUACUCACCGGAAGUAUUCCGAGCAGCUGGAAUCCACGAGAAACGGCAUCUGUUCGGCGUGAACGUGGUAAUGGGGAUUACAAAAACCUGCUUCGUUAUGUUGUCAGCUGUUUAUCUAGACCGAUUCGGAAGACGGCCGCUGUUGCUGGUGGGUUCAAUUGGGAUGACGGUGGCGCUAGCGUUAUUGGGCCUGGGCUCGAAAGUAACGAAAGAGGGAAAAGGAAGGCCGAGAUGGGGAGUAGCAUUGAGUGUAAUAGCAUUAUGUGGUGACGUGGCGUUAUUUUCAAUUGGGCUUGGGCCUAUUACAUGGGUUUAUUCUUCGGAGAUAUUUCCAAAUAGGAUGAGAGCUCAAGGUUCGAGCUUGGCGAUUUCGGUGAAUAGAUUGGUGAGUGGAAUCGUGUCGAUGACGUUUUUGAGUAUUUCGAAGGAGAUUACUUUUGGGGGGAUGUUUUUGGUAUUAUCUGGAAUCAUGGGUGUGGCUUCACUUUUCUUUUACUUUUUUUUGCCUGAGACUAAAGGAAAAAGCUUGGAGGAAAUGGAAGUUUUGUUUCAGGAUAAGGUUAAUAAUAGCAAAACUGAUAGUAAUAACUCUUUGCAGGUUGAAUAAUAGAGACAUUCUGAUCCUGAUGCGAUCAAUUUUAACAA